AUGGUGAUUGCCAAGAAGUGGAUCCUUUCCAAAUAUUUUGAUGGCAAAGCCAAGGCUUCUGAUAUAAAACUGGAAACAGAAGAACUCUCUGAGACACUUAAGGAUGGCGAAAUUCUCUGUGAAGCUGUUUGGCUCACUGUGGAUCCUUAUAUGCGCAUUUUUAUUGACAGUAUAAAGGAAGGGGAGGUUAUGUUUGGAUCUCAAGUGGCAAGAGUGCUAAAAAGUAAUAAUUCUAAAUAUCCAGAAGGCACAUAUGUUCUUGGCCAGAUGGGUUGGUGCACUCAUUCUAUUGUUUCGAAUGAAAGUCAAGUCGAGAAAUUACCCGAGAUGGGAGAUCUUCCUCUAUCCCUUGCUCUUGGAAUUAUGGGAAUGCCUGGAAUGACGGCUUAUUUUGGCUUUUUGGAAAAGUGUGAACCUAAAGCAGGAGAAAUUGUUUUGGUCAAUGCUGCUGCUGGUGCUGUUGGUAGUGCUGUUGGACAAAUAGCCAAGAUAAAGGAAUGUAAAGUGAUCGCAUUUGCUGGGACUGCGGAAAAAUGCACUUGGUUAAAAGAAGAGCUUGGUUUUGAUCAUGUUUUCAACUAUAAAUGUACAGAUCUUGAUAAAGCAUUGAGUACAGUUGCACCUGAAGGAAUUGACUGCUAUUUUGAUAAUGUGGGUGGGGACUUUACUUCGACUGUUUUGAAGCACAUGAAUUCUCUGGGUCGUGUUUGCAUCUGUGGAAGCAUUUCUGCAUACAACUCACAGGCUCCACCGUCAGGUCCUUAUCCUUUCCUAGACAUUUUGACAAAGAAGCUAACAGUGAGGGGAUUUUUGAUUUUCAGCUAUAGCGACCGUUUCCACGAGGGCCAAAAACAAAUGUUGGAGUGGAUUCAAAGUGGUUUGGUCAAAUACAAAGAAACCGUGACAGAAGGAUUUGAGAAUAUGCCAUCUGCAUUUUUUGGUCUCUUUGAAGGCCAUAACAUUGGCAAGGCUGUUGUAAAGGCCUAA